AUGACUGUGACAGCUCAUUUCAUAGAUGACUCUUGGAAGUUGCAUAGUAGGAUUAUAAGUUUUAAGUAUGUACCAUGCCCACAUGAUGCUGUAACACUUACUGAUACAUUGAGUUCAUGUCUGUCUGAAUGGAAUAUUGAAGACAAGAUUAGUACAGUGACUGUGGAUAAUUGUACAACUAACGAUGCAAUGAUUCCACUUUUGAAGGAAAAAUUUAAUUCUAACUGUUUCAUUUUAAAAGGAAAGCUACUUCACAUGUGUUGUUGUGCGCAUAUUUUGAAUCUUAUUGUCAAGGAUGGAUUGUCUGUUAUUGGUGAUAGCAUUGACAAGAUUCGAGACAGUGUUGCUUAUUGGUUGGGCACACCAAAGAGGUAUGAGAAAUUUGAGGACACUGCUCGUUCUCUUGAAGUGACAUGUACUAAAAAGUUAUCACUUGAUUGUCAAACAAGGUGGAAUUCAACAUACUUGAUGCUCAACAUCGCUUUAUUGUACAAUAGAGUAUUUGAACAAUUAAAACUACGUGAUUCAAGAUAUGUUAGAUAUGUGCCAUCAGAAGAUGAUUGGAUUAGAGCUCAAAAAUUGUGUGACAAGUUGGAAGUGUUUCAUGAGGUGACAGAGUUGUUUUCUGGAACUAAGUAUCCUACAGCUAAUCUUUUUUUCCCAAAGAUGUGUCAAAUUAAAAUGAGAAUUAAAGCAUGGAUGACACUAGAUGAGCCCUUUAUUAGGGACAUGGCAACUCAAAUGAUGUCUAAGUUUCAAAAGUAUUGGGAAGAGAUUCAUGGGCUUAUGACUGUGGCUGUUGUUUUGGAUCCAAGAUAUAAGUUUAUGUUGAUCGAAUAUUAUUUUCCUACCAUUUAUGGAAAUGAUCAAUAUGAGAUUGAAAUUGAGAAGGUCUGCAAGCUUUGUUAUGAGCUACUAGAAGAGUACAGUUCUAAGUUUCCUAAUCUUAGAGAAAGAAGUCAGCAAAUGGAUAGUGUAUUAGCAUCUUCUCAAACACAAAUAGAUGAUCUAUCUAACUUUGACACAUAUGUUAGAGUUGCAUAUGGUGUAGAGAAUGUGAAGUCAGAGUUAGAACUCUAUUUGGAAGAGAAAUUGAUACCUAGGACUGAUGAGUUCUUUGAUAUAUGCAAUUAUUGGAAAGUAACAGGACUCAAAUAUUGUUGA